UGUCCUGUGUGUGUGUGUUACGUGUUUGUUGGUGGAGGGGUGGGUGUGUGAGAGCUGUCAUCUGUCACUAGUGGGUGAUCUUAUGGAUCGCGGGCGGCUGUCAAAACAAACAUUUUGAAUUGAACAUAACCUGAAUCGCAUCGAAAAUGGUAUCUGUCGCGAGAGCAGCGCUGGGAAUUGAUCGUCGUUAGAAUGGUCUGAGGAGAAGGAAAAAAGAAGUGAAGUGAAGUGUCGAAAGUUCGGAAAGUGCGGAGCGAGUGAAAAUUCCAGUUCGGAGAUACCAGGGAAGAACGUAAAAAAGUUUUUUUGGAGAGGACGAAGCAACAAGCGGAGAACUAGAUCCUCCAGAACUACAAUCAUCAUCAUCAUCAGCUUCUUCUUCAAUCCGUCGUAAUCUUCUCGUAGGUUUUGUGAGGAAAAAAAUAAAGGGACGAGUCAAGAUGAAACCGAAGGUGCUGUUCCCUCAGCAGCUCGCCAAGAAAGAGGCCAAAAGAUUCUACACGAUCUACCUGAACGCUCUAGUGGUGGGCGUGACCAUAGGCGCCGCCUUCUACAGCGUGUCCGACAUGGAGGCGGAGGAUAACGUCGGUCUGAGCAAGGGGUUCAGCCUGUUCGCGAUGGGCGGUCUCUUCUUCACGUCCCUGUACAAUUUCUGCGUGCACAUGACGCAGAAGACCGUCUGCGGUCAGAGAUUCAUCAAACGCUACAAGUUGAGCACGUCGGACGUGCUGGACAUCAGCAACAAGAUAGUUUCGUCGGUGCAGGCGUUGCUCUCCUGCCUCACCGGGCUCACGAUCUGCUCGUACUCGUGCAACAGGAACAUCCUGAGGACGUCCCACUUCAUAUCGCACGCCUACUCCUGGUUCGGGGCCUCCUACUUCUUCUACGACAUCUGGUCCAUGUACAAGGUGCACGUGACCACGCCCCCCGGUCAGAUAAACACGCCCUCCGCCCAGAUGAACACGCCCGUUCCGCCCCCAAAUUCCGAGUGCGCACCAAUCAGUGGACUCACCAAAUUCUUCAGGUACAUUAGAUUGAAUCCUAUCAUAGUCGGACAUCACCUGUUCAUUGGAAUAUUCGGAUUCCUGGUGAUCAUAUAUUUCCGCGGAAAUUUGGGUGAUUGCGUCUUCGGCUUCGUCUUCCUCAUGGAGGCGAGCACUCCGUUCGUCUCGUUGCGCAGCGUCCUCUCGCGAUUCAGCAUGAAAUCAACAAAAUUCUACAUCUACAACGGCUUCACCAUGCUCAUCGUCUUCUUCCUGUGUCGCGUCAUCAUGUUCCCCUACGUCAUGUACAUGUACGCUAAAAGCGUCAAUAUGGACUACAUUUCGGCGAUGAUGUCGUUGCCUACCGGAUGCAAGGUGAGCAUCUCUAUACUGAUGCUGCCGCAGCUCUACUGGUUCUACCUGAUGAUCAAAGGAGCCACGAAGAUCCUGAAAGAGCCGAAAACAAAUGGCGUAGCCGUAGUCGGCAAGAAGAAGAAGGCGGCGGCGACGGUCGAGUCGUAGUGAAAUCGAAACCAAAAUGCAAAGAAAGCGCGCUUCUCAUCGUUCGUUUCAACUAACCUUCUUUUGUUUAUUGAUUAACCAAAGUUAUUUUUUUUUGUUUUUUCGCUUUAACUUCAACAAAAAUCGUCGCCAAGGGAACCGCUUUUCGUUUUCUUAGAAACCUAACAAUCAUAUUAUUAUUAUUUUCUUUAAAUUACUGUUUGUGUUCAUGUUGGAUAGAAGUGGAGAAGAUGAUGAAAAGAAAAAUGAGAGAUAGAUGAGACAUAGAGAAAGAGAUGUUUGAAACUAGUGUCUUCCUUUUUCUAGAAUUACGCUUUUCGUUUAGGACCAAAAACGCUUUUACUUAUAUAUA